AUGGCCGAUUUGGUUGAAGAGCCCGUCUGCAAGGUGGACGAACUGCAGAUCAACGAAAAGAAACUGGUGCCUUUUGGGGGCGGGAAGAUCAUCGUAGUUCGAGAAAGUGAAGAUCAGUUUGCUGCAGUGGGCAGCGUCUGUUCGCACUACGGAGCACCGCUGAUUAACGGCGUCGUCUACAAGGGACACAUCAGCUGUCCUUGGCACGGUGCCUGCUUCAACUUGCGCACCGGCGACAUUGAGGAAUUUCCCGGCUGCGACAGUAUACCUGCCUAUGAGACGUACGUCAAAAACGGCUCCUUGUACGUGAAAUCCCCGCAGAGUAGCAUUGUAAAGAAGCGUGUUAAGCCACUGACGCCUCGAAGUAUCAUCAACCGCACAACCUACAUCAUCAUCGGCGGAGGACCUGCUGGCUUUCAGUGUGCCGAAACACUUCGCCAGGAGGGCUUCGAUGGCCGAGUGGUGCUCAUCAGUGCCGAAAGUGUGCCUCCCUAUGAUCGCACCAAGUUGAGCAAGGCACUAACAUCGAAAGUGGAGGAUAUUCUGCUUCGCAAUGAGGAGUACUUCAAGAAGGCGGGCAUUGAGCUGCUGUUGGGAGUACAGUGCACAAAGGUGGACGUCAACUCGCAGUUGGUGUAUCUCGAUGAUGGCUCCAAUCUGAACUACGGCAAACUGUUCAUCGCCACUGGCUCCAGUCCUAGAAAGUAUGGCUCCCUAAGUGGGAACGAGAAAAAUGUCUUUUACAUGCGAACGUACAAGCUUUACCUCUCCAAAAAAGUCGACUUUUACGUUACACCAAAAGUGGACUUUGUCAUUGAAGAGCAGCUCAUCAGAAAGGUCACAUUUGAAGGCACCGAACUGGAAGCAGAUGUUUGCAUUAUUGGAAUCGGCAGCGAUCCAAACACCCAGUUUUUGGCAGACAAUGCAGACAUCAAGCUAAGCAACUCCUUCAUCGUGGUGAAUGAAAAGUUUCAGACAUCAGCAGAGGAUGUCUACGCCGGUGGUGAUGUGGUCCUCUAUCCGAAUGCGCUCUUCGAUAAUGCCCUCAUGAACAUCGCCCACUGGCAAACGGCACAGAUACAUGGCCGCUUUGCGGCACUUGCAAUGCUCGACAAGACCACCUCCUUCACCAGUGUUCCCUUCUUCUGGUCAGCCGCCUUUGGCAAGGGCAUUCGAUUCGCCGGCACAAUACACGACCCGAAAAAUGUGUACAUCGAAGGCGACCUCGAGCAGCUGUCAUUUGUGGCCAUUUACUACAACAGCAAAGGUCGAGCAGUCGGAGUGGCCACCAUGGCAAACGAUCCAGUGGCGACGGCCUUUGCCGCAGCCUUGAGAAAUGGAAAAGUUAUUACGAAAGAUGACAUUGAUAGUCAGGGAUUCGCGUGGCUGGAGGAGAUUGUUAAUUAG